UGAGGAUCGAGUUCCCAGUCGGGCACGAAUGUUACACGGAGCACAUCCUCCACGCGUGUUUGACUUAUAAAUAGUUAUUGCCGUUUUGUACCGUGAGUAUUAAUUAAGAGGGUUUAAUUUAGCACUAAUGCUAAUGCAGUUAAUAUUACGAAUAAAAAUGUCAUAGAGUUUUGUGGCGUUUCGUUUCACGUGGAGACGGAAGUGUUUUUUCUUGACCAGCGGACAUUACUGCAGACAAGAGCAAUGGAGAGUUUGGAGGAGAAGCUCAAAGGUCUGUCCAUCGCUCGGCGCUGUCGUCCAGAAGAGGCCACCUACCUGCUGCACGUGGCCCUGCAGCCGCCCGGUCUGCUGGCAGUGACCUGCUCCAACUUCACGCUCCACCUGCACAACAAGGACACUCUGAAGCUGGUGGCGGAGUAUCGCGGUCACACCAAGCCGCUGUGUGGGGUCACUUUUCCCCGCAGCUCUCCCGACCUCCUCUACUCUGCCUCCGCUGACGGCACAGUGCGGGGCUGGGACGUCCGCCGCCCCGGGUCACAGGCGGCCCAGAUGUUUAAGAGCGACCCGGCGCACAGCUACUGCAGCUUCGACCUGAGCUGCAGCGACACGCUCCUGUGUGCCGGCACGGAGCAGGUGAACGGCGAGGACAGCUUCCUGGUUUUCUGGGACGCCAGGAAGCCAGAUGGGGGCGGGCUGCUGGGUGUGUACUCCGAGUCGCACAGCGAUGACAUCACACAGGUGCGCUUCCACCCUCGUGACAAAGACCGCCUGGCGUCGGGCUCCACAGACGGCCUUGUUAAUGUUUUUGACCUGAGCCGGGGAGCGGAGGAGGAGUCGCUGCUCGCCACCUGUAACAGCGACUCGUCGGCCGGCUCCGUCUGCUGGUCCGGACCGGAUUACACUCAGCUGCUGUGCCUCAGCCACGACGAGGGGCUGCACCUGUGGGACCUGAGCCAGCUGGACACGGAGGAGCCGCUCACCGUCUUCAGCACCGAGGACGCUCGCGGCCUCACGCCGCUGCCCGGCGGAGGGGGCGUGGAUUAUGUGGUCGGAGGGACGUGGCUGGAGGACGCGCAGAAGCUGCUGGUGGUGGCGGGGAUGAACAGCGGCAAACUGCACCUGAUGGAGUGUGACGACAAGGGGCUGCGGCUGCUCACGAGCCUGGAGGGUGGCCACGCCUCCACGGUGCGCUGCUUCCUGUGGGACGCGGCGGGGGAGGCGCUGGUGACGGGGGGUGAGGACGCACAGCUGUUGCUGUGGAAACCAGGAGGGGUGGAGCUGACGGCGGGAAAACGGGAGUCCAUGAAGAGCCAAUCAGCUUUGAGACUCCAAACCAGGCCGCAUAAAAAACAUGGCUACCAGAAGAAGAAGUAGGCAAAGACCCGACGGCAGCUUUCAGAAGAAACAUGUCGACAGCUUAGGAAGAGAGAUGACUGUCACUGUACAACUAACGUGGAGUUAUAACAAGAAUCUAGUGUAGUUAUGUAGUGAGUUUUAUCCAGUGUCUCUUUAAGACACAAACAGUUCCAGCACGAUUCGUCUGAGUCUGUGCUCGGUCAAACAGGAAGUACUGAACCAUUCUGUGAACAAAUCUUUUUAAACAGACUGAUACACGUUGAGGAGGAGCUACGAAAUCAUGGAAAACAACGUGACUGAUACUAAACGAAAGAAAUGGCUUAUUUUGUCAAUUCGAUCAGCAGCUCCUGUGUCCUCUCGAGCUAAAAUCACUGAUUUUCUCUAUGGGCUUUGGUGUGGGAGAGUGAGCGUUUCACAAACCACAGUUUCCUGUUGGAAAAGUCUGUCUCACAGUGAGAUAAAGACGUGAUCAGGUUCUGAAGACAAAUAUAGAUUUUAGUCUUUUGAGUCUUUUGUCAGUACCUCAUAUCGCCACAUUUCAAAAAUCAUGAACUGUCUCUUUAAUGUCCCGUAUGAACUCUACUAACAGCUAGAAAACAACAAAAGAUUGUUUUCAAUGAUGAUUUAGGGUGAAAAAAAUGGGACUUUAUUGAAAAUGUUGUCAAACGUGCAUGGAUGUAUGUUUGUAAAGUUAGUACAAACAAAAAUACAAAGAAUGGUUUACACGCUGUCGUAAAGCUUGAUUGUUUUCCACUUUUUAAUUAUAAUUUAUUGAUAAAAAGCCAAAUUCACAGCAUUUUCAUCUGUGUUUUAAAUAAAUGCUUUCAUGUUA